CCGCCAAUUCGACCUCCCUUCACCACCACCUGCAUGUGCCCGGGUCGUCCUGGUUCGGAUCUCAGACCCAGCACCGGAUCCGCCUUGCUCCAGCCUCCAGCUCCGGCGAUGGCGUCGAAGGCGCCCUCGCCUUCCGCUUCCGCGAGCCGAUUGGACGCCCCGGUGGAUCCGCCGGCUUUAAGGCCUCUCGAAACAGUACCGGUUGUCAAGGAUAUAGCAAAUGUUAUUGAUGCUUUCAAGAAACAAGUUGCUGCUGACCGGGCCAUUAUUAUAAGGAAAAGAAUUGAAGAAAACAGACGGGAGCUGGCAGGUGUUACAGACAAAAUAUUUAAUUCGUCUAAGCAAAGAAAUGAUCAUACAAACGACAACAUCACUAGUAAUGGUGUAGACCUACUGACAAAGAGGCAAGAAGAUGCACUUGGCAUGCAAAAUGGUAUUGAUGCAAACAAUGGGGAUAGAGAUAGCGACAACUACCUGGAGGAUGCUCAUGCUUCUACAGCAGUUCUUCUUGGAUCUAGCAUUCCCGUGAAGAAUGCUGUUCGCCCGAUCAAGCUCCCAGAAGUGAAAAGAUUACCCCCUUACACAACGUGGAUUUUUCUGGACAGAAAUCAGAGAAUGACUGAGGAUCAGUCAGUUGUGGGUCGAAGAAGAAUUUAUUAUGAUCAGAAUGGCGGGGAAGCACUUAUUUGCAGUGAUAGCGAAGAGGAGGCGAUUGAAGACGAAGAGGAAAAGCGAGAGUUUCUGGAUUCUGAAGAUUAUAUUCUUCGCAUGACCAUCAAAGAACUUGGUUUAUCUGACCCAGUUCUGGAAUCAUUGGCAAAUUGUUUAUCUAGAAGCCCUUCUGAAGUCAAGGCAAGAUAUGAAGUCCUUAUUAAGGAAGAGAAGAAUGUGGGUGGCUCUAAGAAUGGGGAUAAUGAAGAAACCUCUCAGACAAUGAGUUCUUUUCUUGAUAAAGAUCUUGAUGCUGCUCUAGAUUCUUUUGACAACCUGUUUUGUCGUAGAUGUCUGGUUUUUGAUUGCAGAUUACAUGGAUGUUCUCAGGAUCUUGUGUUACCCGUGGAUAAACAACCUCCAUGGAGCCAUACCAAUGAAGAAAUUGCACCAUGUGGUCCUCUUUGUUACAGAUCGGCUUUGAAGUUAGUAAAAGGUGCAACAGUAAGCUCUCCUGGGUCUGGUGAUCCUGAAGAGAAAUCAAAUCCUUCGUCAAAUGGCUCUAAGUCUCAUGUUCUAACUAGGAAGAAAUCUGCCAGCUCAUCCGAUAGGACGCGGUUGAAACAAUGUCAGAGUGAAAGUGCGUCAUCUAAUGCAAAAAAUGCCUCAGAAAGCAGUGAUUCAGAGACAGGACCCAGGCAGGAUGCGUCAGCACGUGUUUUGUCUCCUCGCAAGACUAAAAGUGCUGGAAAAGGCGGACUUCGUAAGAGGAACAGCAAGCGAGUUGCAGAGCGAGUUCUAGUUUGCUUGCGUAAACGACAGAAGAUGAUGGCUUCUGAUUCAGAUUCUAUUGCAAGUGGAAGCCUUCUUUCGGGGGACAUGAAACUGAGAUCCAAAUUGCAGAAAGAGAAUGAGGAUGCUGCUUCUUCUUCGCAAAAGAAAAUAAAGUCUCCAGUGAUUCGCAGGCCAAGAAGGAAGGAUCUAACUAUUGAGGAAAGUCACAACUUAGUUCAGGGUGAAGUUCCCGACGCCCCAUCAAGUGAAAUGACUAUCGAUCCCCCUCCAACUAAUAAUAAUGAUACCUCAAAAAAAGAGGAGUUUGUCGACGAAAAUACAUGUAAACAAGAACUAAGUGAGGAUAGAUCAUGGAAAGCUCUGGAGAAAGGCCUUUAUGAGAAAGGGUUGGAGAUUUUUGGUAGGAACAGCUGUUUGAUUGCUAGGAAUCUCUUGAAUGGUUUGAAGACAUGUCAGGAGAUUUUUCAGUACAUGAAUUGUUCUGAGAACAAGCUAAUAUGUCAAGGUGGUGAUGCUGCAAAUCUAGGUGAAGGCCAUCCUAAGUUUGACAGUAAUGGAAAUAUGGUCCAUAUUGAACCAAGAAGAAGAUCAAGAUUUUUGCGUAGGAGAGGCAGAGUGCGUCGUUUGAAAUAUACUUGGAAGUCUGCUGCCUAUCAUUCAAUCAGGAAAAGGAUAACUGAGAGAAAGGAUCAGCCAUGCCGGCAGUAUAACCCAUGUAACUGCCAAACUGCAUGUGGCAAGCAGUGUUCCUGUCUUUUAAAUGGAACCUGCUGUGAGAAGUACUGUGGAUGUCCAAAAAGUUGUAAGAAUCGAUUCAGAGGCUGUCAUUGUGCCAAAAAUCAAUGUCGGAGCCGGCAAUGUCCAUGCUUUGCAGCUGACAGGGAAUGCGAUCCAGAUGUUUGCCGAAAUUGUUGGGUCAGUUGUGGUGAUGGAACUCUUGGUGUGCCCAGUCAAAGAGGUGACAAUUAUGAAUGUAGGAACAUGAAGCUGCUUCUUAAGCAACAACAAAGGGUUUUGCUUGGGAAAUCUGAUGUAUCUGGUUGGGGAGCUUUCUUAAAGAAUAGUGUGAGCAAACACGAAUAUCUUGGCGAAUAUACUGGGGAGCUAAUUUCACACAGGGAAGCUGAUAAGCGUGGAAAGAUUUAUGACCGAGAAAACUCGUCAUUUCUUUUCAAUUUGAAUGAUCAGUUUGUUCUUGAUGCUUAUCGAAAGGGUGACAAAUUGAAGUUUGCUAAUCACUCUCCUGAUCCUAAUUGCUAUGCUAAGGUUAUAAUGGUGGCAGGGGACCAUAGGGUUGGGAUAUUUGCCAAGGAACGAAUCAAUGCUGGGGAGGAGCUAUUUUAUGACUAUCGUUAUGAACCGGACCGAGCGCCUGCCUGGGCAAGGAAGCCCGAGGCUGCUGGGUCUAAGAAGGAGGAAGGUGCUCCUUCAAGUGGUCGGGCAAAGAAGCUUGCAUAAAAAAUCAUUUUUAACUUGCAAGUCCAAUUUUUUGUCAUUCUUUUUACAGGUAGAAGUGUCAUUCUUAUUUGUCCAUGGAGGAAAGGAAGGAUGAUUCUCGAUUAUUUUGUUGGAGUGGCCAUUGCCAGCUCCAUAGUUAACAGUGAUUCUUUCCCUGAUUUAUGUCCAUGCGAGUAGAGAUGACCUCGAGAAGUCAAUUAUACAAGUGAAGUAUUAUGAUCUCACUCAGCCUGUGAAGUAAAGCUGUUGCCACUUUAACAAUGGUGAGAUUAGAGUCUCCCGACCCCGGAGGGAAGGGCGAAAGAAACAAGAAAGGGAAAAAGUAAAUACAUCUGACUGGAAAAUGGCGAACUCGACAUUCGUUUAGGGAUUUGCAAUCUCGCUAACAACUCCUUGGGAUGUCAUUCUGUCGAUGUCUUUUGUAGGGAUCAUUGUUGUUAAUGGAAGGUUUUAUUUUUUGAUUAGUUGAAUUGCUCUGCAUUGUUUUCAGAAUUUUCGACCAUCUAAACGAUUUAGCACAUACAAUGUGAAAUGACCUUCACUUGUGUAUCCU